GCGAGGCGGGGCGUAGGUGAGCGCUGCAGAGAGGCUGCGCCUUGGGCCGCCUAUCGCCUGUGCGCCUGCGCGCGGCGCCGGGGGGACGGGGUCCGACUCAGAAAUGGCGGCUUCCAUGUUCUACGGCCGGCUGGUGGCCGUCGCCACCUUUCGGAACCACCGGCCUCGGACGGCCCAGCGGGCCGCUGCUCAGGUUCUGGGAAGUUCUGGAUUGUUUAAUAACCAUGGACUCCAAGUACAGCAGCAACAGCAAAGGAAUCUCUCACUACAUGAAUACAUGAGUAUGGAAUUAUUGCAAGAAGCUGGUGUCUCCAUUCCCAAAGGAUAUGUGGCAAAGUCACCAGAUGAAGCUUAUGCAAUUGCCAAAAAAUUAGGUUCAAAAGAUGUUGUGAUAAAGGCACAGGUUUUAGCUGGUGGUAGAGGAAAAGGAACAUUUGAAAGUGGCCUCAAAGGAGGAGUGAAGAUAGUUUUCUCUCCAGAAGAAGCAAAAGCUGUUUCUUCACAAAUGAUUGGGAAAAAAUUGUUUACCAAGCAAACAGGAGAAAAGGGCAGAAUAUGCAAUCAAGUAUUGGUCUGUGAGCGAAAAUAUCCCAGGAGAGAAUACUACUUUGCAAUAACAAUGGAAAGGUCAUUUCAAGGUCCUGUAUUAAUAGGAAGUUCACAUGGUGGUGUCAACAUUGAAGAUGUUGCUGCUGAGACUCCUGAAGCAAUAAUUAAAGAACCUAUUGAUAUUGAAGAAGGCAUCAAAAAGGAACAAGCUCUCCACCUUGCACAGAAGAUGGGAUUUCCACCUACUAUUGUGGAAUCAGCAGCAGAAAACAUGGUCAAGCUUUACAGCCUUUUUCUGAAAUACGAUGCAACCAUGAUAGAAAUAAAUCCAAUGGUGGAAGAUUCAGAUGGAGCUGUAUUGUGUAUGGAUGCAAAGAUCAAUUUUGACUCUAAUUCAGCCUAUCGCCAAAAGAAAAUCUUUGAUCUACAGGACUGGACCCAGGAAGAUGAAAGGGACAAAGAUGCUGCUAAGGCAAAUCUCAACUACAUUGGUCUCGAUGGAAAUAUAGGCUGCCUAGUAAAUGGUGCUGGUUUGGCUAUGGCCACAAUGGAUAUAAUAAAACUUCAUGGAGGGACUCCAGCCAACUUCCUUGAUGUUGGUGGUGGUGCUACAGUCCAUCAAGUAACAGAAGCAUUUAAGCUUAUCACUUCAGAUAAAAAGGUACUGGCUAUUCUGGUCAACAUUUUUGGAGGAAUCAUGCGCUGUGAUGUUAUUGCACAGGGUAUAGUCAUGGCAGUAAAAGACUUGGAAAUUAAAAUACCUGUUGUGGUACGGUUACAAGGUACACGAGUCGAUGAUGCUAAGGCACUGAUAGCGGACAGUGGACUUAAAAUACUUGCUUGUGAUGACUUGGAUGAAGCUGCUAGAAUGGUUGUAAAGCUCUCUGAAAUAGUGACCUUAGCGAAGCAAGCACAUGUGGAUGUGAAAUUUCAGUUGCCAAUAUGAUCUGAAAACCCACUGGAUGGCUGAAGGAGUUGAUUGACCACCAGUUGAGACCCUGCAGUUCAUCAGUUGAGAGUGACAAUUCCAGAGUGACCAGCUGAGCAUGUAAUAAGAAGGAAACUGGAGAAAACCUCAACUACUUUAUGAUUAUUCCUAUGAUUUGUUCUUAAAGCAGAGAAGCAUCUUUUUAUUUGUUUUUGAUAUCCUUGUUUGAUGAAACUAGCAUCGUUUUAGAAAAAAGAUAAUUGUUUUAGUAAAAAUGACACAUACUCAUUGAAAAAAUAAACCCCUUCAAAACUGGAAUGAUGCAAGAAAGUGCAGACAAGUAAAAAUCACCUGCAGUGCCAGAACCCAGAAUUAACUAAUGUUAACAGUUUUGUAAACAAUCUUCUGGUCAUCUCUAAAUAUGAGCAUAUGUGGAUAGAUAUGAAUACACUUUUAUAUAAAUAGGAUCAUAUACAUAAUGUUCUAUAAUUUGCAUUUCUUCAGUCAAAUAAGGAUCUUUCCAUGGCAUCAAAUAUAGGACUACGUAAUUUUUAAUAGCUGCACAUACAAGAGAAUGUGUAUAUCGUGGUUUAUUUAACCUAGCUUUGCAUUUAUUGACAUUUGGUUUAUAUGUCUUUAACAUUAUAAAUAACAGGUGAACACUCUGGUGCAUAUGUCUUUCAGCACAUGGGUAAUUUCUCCUUAGGGUAAAAACCUGUAAGUGGAAUAGCUGUGUAAAAGCAUGAACCGCUUUCCAGAAAGUGUCUUUUGGUUACUCUUCCAUUCAUAAUGCACAAUAAUAUUUCCAUACUUGAUAACAUUGUAUUGCUAAUUCCAAUGGGCAAAAACCAUGUCCUGUUUAAUGUUGAUUGAGCUUUCAUCUGUUGACUGGGCAUUUGUGGAAGUGUAUGUGUGUGUGUGUUUGUGUGCGUCAGCGUGUGACUUCCUUUUCAUGUUCUUUUUUUUUUUUUUGAGACGGAGUCUUGCUCUGUCGCCCAGGCUGGAGUGCAGUGGCGUGAUCUCAGCUCACUGCAAGCUCCACCUCCCGGGUUCACGCCAUUCUCCUGCCUCAGCCUCCUGAGUAGCUGGGACUACAGGCACCCACCACCACGCCCGGCUAAUUUUUUGUAUUUUUAGUAGAGACAGGGUUUCACCGUGUUAGCUAGGAUGGUCUCAAUAUCCUGACCUCGUGAUCUGCCCGCCUCGGCCUCCCAAAGUGCUGGGAUUACAGGCGUGAGCCACCGCGCCCAGCCCUUUUCAUGUUCUUUGACUGUUUUUCUAUUGACUGUUCAUUCUUCCUAGUAUUAAUAACUUUUUGUAUAUUUGAGAUUAACCAUUUUUGCCUAUUAUAUAUUUUAUAUAUGUCAUAUGCCAUUUUAAAUAUAAUGAAAUGUGUUAGUCUUUGUGGUUUCUAGUUUUCAUGAUAUGUUUUGAAAGGCUUAAUUGUUUUGUUAUAAAGUCUGAACUUGAGUUAUGAAUGCAAAUUUCCCCUCUCAAAUGGCUAAGCUGUUUCCCAAACACCAUUUACUUAUCCCUUAGGGGAUUUACUUUUCCCUAUUUGAUCUAUUUCCCACCAAUUUUAAAAUGUCAUCUUUAUCAUAUACUAACUUCCUGUAUGUUCUUGCGUGUAUAUGAAACUGGCACAUACAGGGAGACUCUUCAUUUAACUUUUACUUAAAGUAGGAGGUAGGAAAGAGAUCUGUUGAAACCAUGACAGAGAGUGCUGCAGAUAAAGCAUUGUUUUCUUCUUCAGUCAUUCAGCUGUCAAAGUUAUCCUUGCUUAUUUGUAGAAAAAUUGAACUUUCCAUUUUCCUAACUUUCAACUUUCAAUUGAAUAACUCUAAUCCUACUAGGAAAAAAAUAAAAGCUAUACUAUUUGAUGCCAGAUGUAUGACUGUCGGCUGAUGAGGAAGAACUGGAAACAAAUGACAGGUGAUUCACUGCUUUAUGUCUGGUGUGUCAUGACUCUCUUGAAGGGGGGCAGUGUUGAUCUGAAUCUUUUUGUCUAAUGCUUUUUCUUCCUCUGGGAGGGAUGCUGAAGAGGGGCAGCUGAAGGAGCAGUCUUAAGCAAGUUGGUCAUGGCUUUCUUAAAUAUUGUGAUUCGAUUGAUAUGGACCAUUUUUUCAGUCUGUGAGAGAAUUUUCAUUAUGGGCUAACUCGUAAAAAAACGUAGACUUAAUUUGCCCAGGCUGUUGGUUCUCUUGUGUUUGGUAUCAUAAGUCAGUGUGAAACCAUUGGCCUUUGUGGAAGCCUUGUGGAGACGACCGAACAGACUUGGAGCCAUAUCUAACUCCCCUGCCAGCAUUCCUGAUGUUCAGUGCUUGUUAUUGCCCCUCUCCAUGGCAUUCUGCUCUGUGGUUAUGUAAAAGGAAAGUAAAUCACUAAGCCAAGGGAAAAAUCAAACUGGGAGCUAUGUCAGGCAAACCUGCCUCCCAUUUUAUUCCUAAAUAACAUAGCUACAUACCUCCCUCACGAUUUGCCACAAGGAUCCUCGUCCACAAGGAAAUUCCCUGUGGACAAAGGACAGACAGAACUCAAAGUCAUCCCUCUGAGACUCACCUGAGACAAAUGCAUAUCUGAUUGCUUCCUUUGCCGUAUUGUUUAUGUAAAAAUGCAGAUUCACUGAGUCAGACUAAGUUGUGUAUUGAGUGGAAGGCUGAUCAGGACUCAAAAAAAUGCACCCUUAUGUCUUUUAUCUACUUCUAACCUGGAAGCCCCCACGUUGAGUUGUCCUGCCUUACCUGACCGAACCAAUGUGCAUCUUACACAUGUUGAUUAAUGUCUCAUGUCUCCCUAAAAUGUAUAAAAGCAAGCUGUACCCCAGCCACCUUGGGCACAUGUCGUCAGGGCCCCCUGAGUCUGUGUCACGGGUGCCUCCUUAAUCUUGGCAAAAAAAAAAAACAACAAAA